AUGGUAGAGGUGGUGAUCCCCGAUGGAGAGCGAGAUCAAGUCGGGGUUGGAGUCGGGACGGAGCUGGCAAAGUCGAAGUACGCAGAGGACGUUUUCGACAGCGGGCACUCCAGCGUGUGGGGCUCCUGGUUCGAGCCGGCCACGGGGCGCUGGGGCUACGCCUGCUGCAGGAGCACGGCCCGCCCGGGGCCCCCCUGCUGCGCGGGCGGCGGCGCCCCGCGGGCCGGCCGGGAGGCCGGCGACGGCGCCGGCGCCCCGCAGAGGGCGGCGGAGCAGGCCAUCCUCGCCUGGGUCCGCAGCCGGCUCUUGGAGUGGCGCGCCCGGCUGAGCGCGGGGGACGCCCGGCUGCUGGCGGAGCCCGCGUUCGGGGUCCCCGCCAAGCUCGCCGAGGUGGAACUGAAGGUCGAGCCCCUUGUGCGGCGGCUGGGCGGGCUGAGCUCCCCCCUGGACGCGCAGGUUCUCCACAUGCUGAAGCGGAUGGUGGACUUGGCCCAGCAGGGUGACUAUUUAGCCGCCAAUCAAGUCUACAUGGACGGCACCAUCGGCCACACGCAGUGGCAUGACGGCUUUCAAAAAGCUAUGCCUGCGGGAGGCGGCAAGGCCAACAAGGUUGGCCGGGCGAAGUUCGACGCCCGCAACGCGUUGAGCGACGGCCAGCAGUACGACUACCUGCUGUCGUUCAAGCGCCUGGUGGCCCUUUCCGAGCUUCUGCAGCUGCAUGCGGCCCCAGAAAAAGAAAGCGGCGCGCCGCGGUUGGUCAGCAGGGGUCGGCCGAGGUAG